UUAAAUCAGUUCAAAUCAAAAAUACAAAAUUAAUAUAAAAAUAUUCAAAAUUUUUUGCAAAACUAUUAUUUCGCUAAAGUUCACAAAAUUUCCUGUAGAUUUUUUAAUUUGACCUUUUUGUAAAAUAUUUCCAACGGUCGUCCAUUCACUAAUAUAUUAUUGAAUAAUUUAUCCUUAAUGAAACUGUAGUAAACAUCAUAAUGAGUCGAGAAAGAUGUCUUUCAUUGGAUCGAGCCCAACGUAAACAACAAAACGAAAAUAAAAUUCGUUUCGGUGGUUAUGUUCCAGAAAGAUCGCCUAAUAGAAUACCUUUAGCUUCACGUACUACGGUACCCCAGCAUGUACCCAGUUUACCGGAACUAUAUCGUCGAAAUUAUGGAGGAGGUUUAGAAGACAUUGGUGAGGUUAGAAAAAUACAAUGUUUUACUGUAGAUGAUGACAAUGAUGGACAAAUAGUAGAUGAACCUUUGCCUGACUAUUAUUCGCAAAGGUCACUUCAUGACGAAGACUUGCCAGACGAAUUCCUAGAUGACUUUGAAGCGCCCUCAUUUUACGAUCUUCCACCUAAUGUAUCCUUUGAUGAGAUCAUGUGUACAAUGGCUACUCCACCACCUGCACCACAACCAUCAGCUCCCACUGCAGCUGAGAAAUUGGACACUUUUAGAGCAGAAGUUGCCGAGGUAAUUGAAUUUGAUGAUUUACGUAAACGCAUGGCUGCACACAUUGGAACGCCUGGUAAAGAACCACAGACUGAAUCAGUACAGGUUGAUGAUGUUCGUAGACGCAUGGCAGCACUUAUUGGCGAAAUUGCACCGGAGCCACAACUAUGCCCGUAUAAGAUACCUCCUCUACCAGAAGAUCCUCGUGUAAUACCUACACCUCCAAAAGACCCGAAAGAUGUAGUGGCCAUUAUAAGAAGAGCCCAGGCUAUAGCAAGGCUAAAAGCACUUGAAGAGUCGAAAAUAUCUAAGAAAGGACCUAAAGGUGCGGCUAAAAGAACUGUCAGAGGUGUCACAGCCCCUGCAAAAUUACCACCUAAAAAACAAUUAACUAAUAUGCCAAAAGCGACGACCAAAACAGGUAGACCAACCAACGUACCAAAAAUGGCUGCACCUCGAAAAGUCGGACCGGUAACUAAACAGGUAAAAGAAUGUCCCCCAAAUCCACAGCAUCCUCCCGAUUACGUCCCAGAUGAAUGGGCUGCUGCUAUAUUAAGAACAAGAAAACUGGCCGGUCUUAAGACCACAAAUAAAAAGCUACUGCCAAAACCUAAAACGCCACUGGCACCAGAGUCGAAGUCACCAUUACCAAAAGCUUUGCCACAUCAACCUUCCACUCCAACACCACCAACCUUUGCUAAUAUUAUGGAACGUGUAGCUACAAUUAGAUCAAGGACUGAUACAGCCAAAAGUGCUUUAGUGGAUCGAAAGAAAAAUGUUUUCACCCCUACUCCACAAGAUGAAUUAGAUGAAUAUGAAGCCUUAGAGCAAAUAUAUGGUGCCACAAUGUCAGACCAAUAUCCACUCUUGCAGGAAAGUGUGAUGAAUUUACAAAAUCGAAUAAAUGCUUUGCAGCUAGAGCUUUUACAUACACCACCACCUUUAGAUGCAAGUCAAAGAACAGCAACUCUCAUGCCGCAAGAAGAAGAACUAGAUGAAUAUGAAGCUUUAGAAAAGCUAUAUGGAGCAGCAUCACAUGGCCAAUGUCCUGUUACACAGGAUACUGAAACCGAUUUACAAAAUCGCAUAAAUACUUUGCAGCAAAAACUUUUUCAAUCGCCUGCAAGGGCAGAUGUUGCUAAACAAAGCCCUAUUUUCGAAGUACCUUCAAUUCUUCGGUAUGAUGAUUUGUUAAAAAGUCGAGAAGCUAUGGCUGCCGCUGCAGCUCAAGCUAUUAUAAUGCAAAGGGCUCAAAUGGACACAGUAUCUGAAUUUGAAGGUGAUUUGAGCUUUAAUGAGGCAUCUGAUCCACGUUAUGAAACGGAACAUAGCCCUUUGGCUAACCCGACGCAACAUGUAUCGAGAACAGGAACGCCUAUAACAUCUCCUAGAGCUACAACUAAAGUGAUUACCCCAAAACGUUCCCGCUCUCCAGUAGUAGUUUUACAAACAUGUCCAUCGGGAUUCAAUGACGCAGUGCUACGAAAUAUAGAUGUUCCAGAUUUUAAUGUAAAUGACUUACCCGAUUUUGCUUUUUCUGCUGAAGUAUUAUCAGAUGCUGGAUUCGUAAUUGGAGACGAAGUCUCUUUGGGUGAAAUAUCGAUGCCUAAUUUUGAAGACGAUGUUUCAUUAGAUGAACUAUGUUUAGAAGACGUUACUUCCCCAGAUCUGUACGAUUUGUCAAUUUCUGGUGCUGAUAUGGCUUUAGAGCCUGACUACACUUUAGAAACAACGACAGAAGAGGAAGAUGAUAUCGCUGAACACAUUGUGGAAGAUCAAACACCAAAACCGACGGGCUUGUUAACAACAAUGGUAAAUGCAGUAGUUGACCGGUUUAGAAAUAUAUUUUCUGUCUCAAAAUCUGAAGAUGGACAGAAAGAAGAGGAAGAGGACGAGCUUAAUUUAGAUUCGUCAUUACCUAAUAUGUUCGAAACAAUACCGCCUCCAAAGCCAAAAACUCCACCUCCGAAAGAACCUGAAGAAGUACAGCCUGUCGUUGAAAAAGCUUUAACUCCUAAAGGUCCCAUCGUGAUACCACCCCAUCCCAAAGACCCAAAAGAUUACAUGGCCAUAGUUAAACGAGCUCAGGCAAUUCAAAAGAAGAAAGCGCAAGAGGCUGCAAUGGCUCCGGAUUCAGUCCCUACUAGUGAAGAACAAAAGGGAAGACGAGAAGUUAAAUCAUCUAUACCUAAAAGAGCUCCGCCACCAAUGAAAAAAAUUCCAGCAAAAAAGAAAAAGAAGGAAGAAAACCCCGAAAAAGUGUAUCCGCCAGGAGAAUAUUCGCCAUCUUAUGCAAGAGCAGUAGCAAGGGCCAGAUCAUUAGCUGGCUUUAAAAAUAGAUCAGCAUUGUUAAACCCAGAACGAGCUGCAAAAAUUGCGGAACUUAAGGCUGCCCGAGAAGCAGAAAUAGCUGCUAUUGAAGCAUUACCCCCUGUGGAACGAAUGAGGAAAAAAAUGGAGGGUAUGCGAAAAAGGCUUAGAACUACGUUGCCUAGGCCGUCAAUUGAAGCAUUGGGAACUUUAGAAGCCAUUCGCGCUAACCUACCAAUACCCAAACCCUCCAAACCUAAAUGGCGACCAACUGGCAGACUAAGAGCGGAUCGACGAGUAAACCCGAGUGAAAGAGUUUUUACGAGAGAUUUAGGCCGUGUAUUAAUUCCUACCAAGAUAACACAAAGAAACAAAAAAGGUUGGAGAGAAAUUGAUGUUAUGUCUCCAAUUGUUGAAGAGACAACAUAUCGAGAUGGAGAUUUUAUGAAGUUUUCUCCCUUAAAACCACAUGAAGGUCAGAUGAGAUUACAAUAUUUAAAAGAACAAACAGCUAAACGUGCUGCUGAUACGAUUAGGGCUGCCGAAGAAGCACAAGCUGCUAUUUCAUGUCAAACUCCUUCACGCCAUCGAACUGACAGUCCCAGUUCUACCUUCGGAACACCACAACUGUCGAUACCUCAAUUCAGUCCAAUCCAACUACAGAGUCCAAGAACGGAAGAAACUAGGCGCGAAAAGGUAACAACAAAAAUUGGGGCAAAUGGAGGUGCAGAAACAAUAAGAGAAGAAGUUACUGAAACUUCAACGAUUGAAAAUGGCGAAGUUCAUACUUCUACUAGACAAGUAACAACCAAAACAGAUGAAUUUGGAAAUGUUACAUGUCAUAUACAAGAAGGUAAAGGUUUGUCGGGAGAAGAUGAAACAUUUCAUGAAGAUUUGUCUGAUAUAGAGCCACCAGAUUUCUUGGAAACAUCUGAUAUACCACCACCUAGCGAUCCAUCUAUUCCCACUCCAGCUCAAAUAAUAGAAAGAAUUCGCUCAAAAGUUCAACAAAAACUUAACUUUUCUCUGCCGGCUAUACCGCGAUCACCAAGAUCUUUACCAGCAUCUCCUGGCAUAAUCGAAUUUCCACAAAAUUUGCCAGAUGAGGAAUUGUUUGAUAUUGAAACUCCUGAAUUUGAGAGAACACCUGAAAAAGCAUCAUCAAAUACUAAAACUUAUUCUCCAAUCGAAAAAGAUCAGCGAAUGUACGCAUGGGGAGAAAUUCCACCACCAACUCCUCCACCGCGAAUGCCUACGCCGAAAAUUUCACCACCACUUCUUGAAACGGUGAAGCAUAUUAGCCCUCUACCAAAACCAAAAUCACCGAGAGGAAUGAUUUGUAUACCUCCUCAUCCCAAAGAUCCAAAAGACUAUAAGGCAAUUGUAAAGCGCGCACAAGCUAUUCAAAAACUUAAAAAACAACAAGAUGAAUUAGCUGCCAAAAUUGCUGCUCCAACGCAACCUACUCGACAAAGGGGACGGGUUCCAAUAUCACGGUCGGUUGCUCCUCCCCCAAAAGAUCCAAAAAGGCCACCUCGGAAAAGAAUGGUGCUUAAAAAGCGAGUUCCUAAGGUUUCACCCAAAAAUAAAGAUGUGCAGCAACCAGAGGAAAACAAUGAUGAGAACAGGGAGUGUCCCUCCGAACCGCCAACACUACCACAAGAAUAUAGAGAUGCUGUAGCUCGAACAAGAUUAAUACAUGGACUAAAAAAUAAAACAGCUGCGCUAAAUCCAGCAAUUUCUGCGAAACUAGCUGCCAAGAAAGCAGCCGAAGAGGCUGCUCAAGCGGCAUUUGAUGCUUUGCCGGAGCAUGAGAAAAUUAAAGCAAGAAUGGAAAAAGUGAGGAAAAUUCCUGCACAAAAACGUCGCAUCGUUCCUUCAUCUGACAUACUUGGAACUAUAGCAGCCAUUAGAGAUAAUAUGCAUCCAAUAGAAAAUGUUUUGCGUCAGCCUUCCCCAUAUCGAUCUCCAAAAGUAGACGACCUUCCAGUUUUGACACAAACAACAUCACUGCAAACUCCAACAACUGCAUAUUCAUCAGUAAAUAUACCUCAAGCACCAAUGCGAGCCCGUCCCCGCUCCACUAGUCCUUCACCAGUUGUAGAUGAAUCUUUGGAUGAAUUUGAAUUUCUAGAACAAUAUAUGGGUGCAAUGCCAGAGGCUUCAGAGGCGUUUGCUCCACUUCAAGAAAUUGAUGAGUCAUUUGAAAUUCCAGAUAUAUCAUUGCUACGACCAUAUACUUCUCCAGAGCAAGUUCAAAGUACAUUACCACAACAUGCUCAUUCUCCUGGUCACACCCGAGUCCCUUCAACUGCUGUUGCUCCUAUAUGUUUACCAGCAAAUUUAUCGCUAGAAGAAUUUGAAAAUCUCGAAGCUGAAUUGAAGCCUGACUUAUCAUUAGAUGAGUUUGAAGCUCUCGAAGCAGAAGCUCAAAUUCUGUAUAACUAUGAUACUCCAAAACGAUGUGAACGACAUUGGGGCAGAAUGUUAGCACAUCAGUUCCCUCCAUCUCCUAGGCAAAAAAUUGAACCUCGUACUCCAUCACUAACGUCGGAAAAAAUUAACCUCCUAACUCCGUCUCCCGCACGACCUCCUUCGCGACCUGAAGGGUUAACUCCAGCAGCUUUUGUACCGGCACCUUCGAUGCGAAUGCUAGGGCAAGUCGGAUUUUUCCAGGAGCAUGGAUUGUUUGACGAAGAGGAAAGUGAAACAUUAAAACGUCCAUUUAUUACACCUAGAGCUGAUGCGAAGCCUGGUACUAUAUAUUAUGACGAAAUGCAGGAUUUUAAAGUUCCUGUCGAAGACAUUGUUCUAGAAACGUCUCAAUUAAUGACUCAAACACCACCUAAAAACAUACAAGAAAGAUUUCAGAGGCUAAAAGAAGCUCAUGAAAAAAGAACUAGUCCUCCAGAAUAUACCCAACAGUUUGAUGUUGUUUCGACUACACCGUCCGCCGACUUUAGUCCUAUUAGACUAUUCAGUCCCAGUGGUGCUCCGUGUAUAGUUCCUGGACAAUAUCAAAAACAAAUUUCUCCCAUUUCCACGCCAGUUGAAAAUGAAUGGUUGUUAAACGUCGAUGAAACUCCUGAAAGGCGAGUUGCUGCAGUUAAACAAUUUAGGGACUUGGAAGACAUGCCAUUUGAUGAAUUAGAAUAUGAAAUUGAGCCAAGUUUGACAAAUAUUUCUUACGAAAAGCUUAUGAGCCCUCCGCCUAGACCAUCAGAUAUUAUAAACAAAAUCAGAUCUAAGAUUCAGCAGCAAUUACAAGAACGCGAAAAACGUUCAAUUCAAAAAACUCCUGAUAUUUUACAAAUGCCCGAUGAACUGACAGAUGAAGAAUUAUUUGAGAUAAGCGCGCCAUCUUUUGCUCGAACACCAACUAAAAUGCCACAUACGAAAUACAAAUCACCACGAGUAUCUCUUCCAAUGGCUUGGGGUGAAGUACAUCCAGUUACACCAGUAACACCACAACCUCGUAUAUCAACACCAGUUAAACAACAGUCACCCUCUCGCCCCACAGAAAUUAAAGAAAAAUCUACUUCGCCUGAAGGUCCAAUAGUUAUACCUCCCCAUCCAAAAGACUUAAAGGACUAUGCUGCAAUGGUAAGAAGAGCCCAAGCCAUUUAUAAACAACGAAAACAAGAAGCUGAAGAAGCAGCAAGAGCUUCACCUCCUGAGCCACCAAAGAAGAAAGGACGUGUUCCAAUUUCAAGAUGGCAAGGACCACCACCUAAAAAAAUUGGUGCUAAACCAAAAAGAAAACUUGUGUUAAAGAAACGUGUGGUAGAACCUACAAAAUCACUAGAUAAGAAAAUAAUUAAAGUUCCACAAAGUUUGUCGCUUGAGGGAGAGGAAAUAGAAUGUCCCGCUGAGCCACCACCACUUCCCCAAGAAUAUAGAGAUGCUGUUGCUAGAACAAGAUUGAUACAUGGUUUAAAAAAUAGAACAGCUGCUUUAAAUCCCAAAGUAGCAGCAAAAAUUGCUGCGAAAAAAGCUGCGGAGGAAGCAGCGGCUGCAGCAUAUAAUGCUUUGCCUGAACACGAAAAGAUUAAAGUCCGCAUGGAAGGUUUGCGAAGGAAAUCUAAUCGUCGAAGUUAUAAGCCGACACUGGAACAGAUUGCAUAUUUGGAAGCCUUAAAGCAGCUGGGAGAAUACCGAUACUCCCCAUUACCUUCGAUAGAGUCUACAACGCCACUUCGCUUAUCUGUUACCCCUCGAGCUAAGGCAUAUACGUACCAAAAAGCGCCUUCACCAGCGUCUCAGCGAUUAUCAGUAACACCUAGCGCAGUUUCCAGGAAAUUAACUGACGAAGAGUCUAGCGAAUUGGCUGAGUUUGAGGCUUUAGAACAAUUCGAAGCAGCUCCGGUCUGUCCUUCCACCUCAAUACAAGAGAAAUUUGAUUUAAAACAACGCAUUAUUGAUUUGGAAGAACAAUUAUUGGAAGCUGAAGGUGUUUCGCAAAUGAAUGAUUUAUCAUUAGCAGAAUUUGAAGCCUUGGAAGCAAUAGAAGCACCUCCGGAUCAAUGUCCUACUCAACUUGUUACCGCUUUGGAUAUGAACCAGCUUAUAUCUGAUUUGCAACAUCAGCAGUUAGUAACACCACCAAUAAUAGAUCCUAGAGAAAGAUAUAGACAGCUAAUAGCCCAAAGGAGAACUCCUCCUACAACUCCUGUUAUGAGUCCUGUAAAAACACCUGAAAUUCGCUACAGUCCUAUAACAUUUCCUUUAAGUCCCUCCAAAGAAGAAGCCACAAAACGAGCUGAAAAAUCAACAACUCAAAUAACUAGAAGUGGCAAUAACACGAUUAAGGAGCAAGUAAUUGAAACGUCAGGAAUAGUUAACGGAGAACUACAACAUUUUACAAAUCAUGUAACAACGACUACCGAUCCUCAAGGAAAUGUGACAUGUCAAAUUAAUGAGAGUAAACGCAUAUCUGCGAGAGACCGUUCAGGUGAAUUAGAAACAUCUGAAGAUCUGGGAGAUAUUAAAGAACCAAGUUUUUUGGACACCACGCCAUUAACACCAAUGGAACGUCCUAGACCAAGAGACAUUAUAGAAAGGGUACGUAGACAAGUAAAAGAAAGCUAUAGACCGGAAGUUCCAACAGGUCACCUUGUAGAGUUAAGAACACCACCUCGUAUGUUGCCCUUGCCAGAGGAAGUUCCAGAAGAAGAACUACUCGAUUUCAGCAGUCCAGCAUUUGAAAGAACACCAACACGAACUCCUGUGCUUUCACCAUUUAGAUCUCCGGUCAAAUCACCUGAUCUUUCGAUACCUCUUUUAUUUGAAGCUACUCCGCCACCGCCUACGCCUCCUCUUCCCCCGGUUUCACCACUUACAUAUCGCAUACCGUCACCAGAAGGUCCCAUUGUUAUACCAUCUCAUCCCAAAGAUCCCACAGAUUUUAAAACUAUGUGUAGAAGAGCUAGGAAAAUCCAACAGCUGAUAGAACAAAAUGAAGCAGAAAUACGUGCCGCUAAAGAAGCUGAAGCUGAGGUCGCUGCAAUGGCUGCAGCAGAGGCUGCAAAACCAAAGAAAAAAGAACGAGUUCCAAUUUCAAGAUGGACAGCACCACCACCAAAAAAACCAGGAAUACGCAAAAAACUGUUCAUGAGAAAACGUGGCGAUGUUAUGACCACCGCAACUCCGGCAAAACCAAAUAAAUUGGAUAAAAUUCAAACUCCAACAGAAGAGGAAGAAGUAGAAUAUCCCGAAGAACCUCCACCACUUCCAGAACACUAUAUACGAGAAGUUGCUUUGGCAAGAAAAAUAGCUGGUCUAAAAAAUAGAACAGCCGCGUUGAAUCCUAGAGUUGCUGCAAGAGAGGCAGCAAAAGCAGAGGAAGUUAGAAAAGCAAAAGAAGUGGAUGCUGCCAAACUAGCGUUAUUAAAUGCAACACCGCCGUCACCUAUUAGGGAUUAUACUAAAGCUUUAUCCAGAAUGAAAGCAUUGAAAGAAAAGGGUGUUGUUCGAAAGGCGCAACCAUCGUUCGCAUCAGCAGCAUAUUUAGACGCCGUAAAAAGUGCAAUGCAAAUUCGACAACAACAAAAGCCUAUAACUGAAGUAACUAAAUAUGAAUCUCCGAAAACUAGAUAUGAUAGAAUUCUGGCUGAAAGAACAUUUUUACCGCCUACUAUUGCAGAAAGUCCAAUUAGAACACCUAUCCGUGAAGAUAUUCCAUAUUCUCCGGUUCGUUUUGUAAGUCCACGCGUCGGUGACAGGAAAAUAGAUUUAGCAGAACCAAUGGAGGAAUACGAAUUUGAUUUGGCUGCUUUUGAAAACAUAAAUGAGCUAGAAGAACUAGGCGAGUUUGAGGAACCAAGCUUUAUAGACGUUACUCAAUAUACUCAUAGUGAACAUAGGGAACAGUAUAUGCCACUAACACCACCUCAGACCCCGCCACCCGCAACUUCAGCCAUAAUAAGCAGAAUACGUCAACAAUAUGAACAAGCUGCAAUUUGUCCAGAAAGUCCACCAUUAACACCUCAUGCUUUAGAAUUCCCCGAAGAAUUGCCAGAUGAAGACCUUUUUGAACUCAGUGCACCAUCAUUUGCAAAAUCCCCAAGUAAAUCGGAAACGCCUAUUAGGUCCCCAAAUAUAACAAUACCACGUUAUUUUGAAGAAUCACCAACUCCUGCGAAAGCAAUGACACCAGUAUCAAAAUCUAUUAGUCCAAGGAGAUCAAUAUCGCACACAGCAGAUAUGGCUGGCGAAGAAAUUAAUGCCGCUAGCCCUCAACUUUUAGGCGUUUGCCCUGGUGUUAGAGUGAAAACACCACAGGGACCAAUCCUAAUUCCUCCACAUCCUACAGAUCCAACUGAUGUAGCUGCAAUGAUAAGAAGAGCACAGCUAAUUCAGAAAUUGCAGGCAAAAGAAGCAGCAGAAAAAUCAGCUGCUACAAAAGCCACAAAAGUUAGAGUGCCAAUAUCAAGAAGAGUUGCAUUAAAACCAGUACCAAACAAAGGAAGAUUGAUGCGUAGAUUAGUGCUCAAAAAGAAACAACCUGAUACAAAAGCCAAAAUUUUAGCGCAUCCAUCCCCCAGAGAAUGUCCAUCGGAGCCACCUGAACUACCAGCCGAAUAUCUGGCUGAAGUUGCCAAAGCUCGUAUAUUGGCAGGACUUAAAAACAAAACAGCUAUUCUUAAUCCGAAAGUUGCAGCUAGACAACAAGCAAAGUUGGCACUUACCAGGUCUGAGGCUACAUUAGGUAGUGUUCCACCUAAGGUAACACCUCCGCCGCCCGACUAUGCCACUAUAAUGGAAAAAGCUGCAGUGUUGAGAGCAGCAAAAGCAAAAAUUCAACAGGGUCCAACUGCUCGAGAGCUAACAAAUAGACAGAAUAUAAUAAACCGUCAACAAAGGCAAGAACGAAAGCGAUUAUUGCUGGAAUUAGAACGUCUAAAACAGCAACAAGGUUUCGAUAGGUCAAUAGAAUUUGAACCAACAACACCACCGCCAGUACGAGAACGGCUGCGAGUGAUAAAAUCAAGAAUUCCCACUGAAACACCCGCAUCUUCAGUUUAUCCUUACAGUCCUGUUAAAACUCCCGACAUUCUCGAUAUACCAAAAUACCAACCCCUUGUGUUGCCUCCAACUCCUCCUUAUCAGUACCUGGAAAAUGUAUGCAUACCCGAUAUAGAGGAUAUGUCGAUGCAAAUUGAUGAUUUCAAUGAUUAUGAUUUCGAAAUCGGCGAUUCAGACGAUUUGGAGUUUCAAUUAGCAGAAGCUGAGGCUGCAAAUGGAGAAUAUUCAGAAUUUGAUGAAAACAACAACAUAGAUAAAUUAGAAGCGGCCCAAGCCAACGAUUUCGAUAUGGCUGAAAGAAUAGAAAUGCUACAGCAGCAAAUAAUGGAAUCUCCAAAUAAAGCAUCAUUAUCAAAUAGGGUGGUUGCAGAUACCCAAGAGGAAUAUAAUAUGGCCGAGCGAAUGGAAAUGUUGCAAAAGCAAUUGUUACAAACACCUACAACAGUUUCAGAUGAUCAAGAGCAAUAUAAUAUGGCCGAGCGAAUGGAAAUGUUGCAAAAACAAUUGUUACAAACACCUACAACAGUUGCAGAUGAUCAAGAGCAAUAUAAUAUGGCCGAUCGAAUGGAAAUGUUGCAAAAGCAAUUGUUACAAACACCAACAGCACAUCAAACGUCCGCUAAGGAUGUCAGCAGAGGCUAUGUGUGUAUUGAUGUGUCCCAGUUAGAUAAAGAAGCAGAACAGUACGAUCAACAAGACAUCUACGACGAAAUGAUGGCUGAUUUUGAAGCAAUGGAAAGGGAAUGCAUCUAAAGGAUAUUUAUAAAAAUUAUUUUGUUAUUUAUUAUUUUAUGUGAUAACUGUGAUAACAAUAGAAAUAUAUAUAGAUGUAUUAUUAACACUUAUUAAGUUUGUACACAAAUAAAAAUAGAAAAACUUUAUAGAUUGCA